CGAUCUCAAUCAGAACGCAAGAUGUUCAGUGUUUUUAUAAAAAGAGUACUUGAACACACACAAGUAUCAAUGAUAAUGAUACUAGUUGCUGUUGUAUAUCUUCGGCGUGCAAAAUCUGUUAUUCAAAUACAAACCAAGCUCUGGGUUGAGGAACGGAUCUUGCUUGGUGCACUCAUUCUCAGUUCUAAAUUCAUUGAUAAACAUGGCAUUGUUAAUCACUGUUGGUCAAUGUGCACUAUCUUCAAUUGUGAAGAUGUAUAUGAUAUACAAGCACAAUUUUUGACAGUUUUGAAUUGGAAUUUGAAGUUUACAGAAUUGGACAUACUUGUGUGUUGUAAAGAGUUUUUGGAAGCUCAUCCAGAGCUUGGACUAUAG